UUGGCUGCUACCUUGAUGGCUGGAAGUUUGAGCAUGCCCAUUGGAUGGGUGUAUAAAAGAAGGGACAGUGAGCGCUCUCAGUCUGUCUCCUCAGCUGUGGAGCAGUUAAUUGAGGCUCUAGCUGCUACUGGGAAGCCCCACCAGCGCUGCCUCUGGAAACCAGACCCACGCAAAGAGGCAGCAAAGACAGACAGGCAGACAGAGAAAGAGAGACAGAGAGAGGUGGUGGCGGUGAGGGAAAGGAAACCUCUUAAAUAUAUGCAGACAGACAGAGAUUUCUCUUUCAAAAAAGGGACUUGCUAUACCAAAUACAGCCAGAGAACCCAGCAAAGCAGCCUCACGAUGUCAAGAGAGCAGAGGAACCACAUGGAUGAAUGCUACAGCCACCCAGCCUUGUUCCAAAUCUGCACGCAAGAAGUUGAGAGCGGCGGCAGCAGCAGCAGCAGCAGCAGCUGUGGCAGUUCAAAGGUGCAGAAGAUGUGCACCUCCAGGAGGAUACUGCUGCUUGCCCUCACCUUCCUGGCCUACACAGUGGAUUCUGUUUCUGCAUAUGGUGCUCCUGAAACCCUCUGUGGGGGAGAGCUGGUGGACACACUGCAGUUUGUCUGUGGAGACCGAGGUUUUUACUUCAGUGGCAUUUCUGCUAUUACAGGUAGGCCUGUGGGCAGAAACAGAGGAAGGCUCAACCGUGGCAUAGUAGAGGAGUGCUGUUUCCGGAGCUGCGAUCUUAACCUUUUGGAAACUUACUGCGCAAAAUCUGUCAAAUCGGAGCGUGAUCUCUCGUCAUCUUCUCUUGUAGCCUUACCAGCACUGAACAAGGAUCCCUUUCAAAAGCCCUCUCAUGCCAGGUACUCAAAAUACGACAUAUGGCAGAAGAAAGGUUCACAGCGCCUUCAGAGGGGGAUUCCCAACAUCCACCGGGCCCGCCGGUAUCGAUGGCAAACUGAAGGACUGCAAGAGUCUGAGGAGUCAAAGAUCCAUCGCCCCUUGAUUGUCCUGCCUACCCAGAAGCCUCUUGUUGUGCAAACCACCACCUCAGAAACAUUGGGCAGCCAGAAGUGAACUGUGAUGAACAAUUUCCAAAAUGGACUCUUUAUUUUUUAUUUCCUAGGCCUGGCCUCACCCUUUUCUCUCUCCCAAACCAAGGUGGAGGGGUGAGGGCAAAUGCCCUUUCACACCAAGGAGUAACCACAAGGGGCACCAUUAACACCAAACAACUGACAUAGAAAGAGAAACAGGAUUACAACGUUGGCGGUGGCAGCAACAACAUUUCUGUGGCAUUGUUUUUUAAGUAUUUUUUGUUUGCUGGUUCUUGUUCCUUUCCUACCCAGUAUUCUCAGCCUUUACUUAAAAGGGACAGUUAAGGCACUUGAACUAUUUAAUAUUGGGCCACUGCCUGUCAAUUUACCAACCAAUGAAGACAGAGAAAGAGAAAAUAAUGAUAUUGAAAGAAGCCCAGUUUAUGUCUGUAUUGACAAUAAAAGUGAAGUUGGGGUGGGGGGUUGGAGUGGAAUAUCUGAAGGUUUAAAAUUUUGGCCUCAUUUUCACCCCACUAGUUUUUUUUCCUUUGGAAAUCACAAGUCUACAGUAUGUGUUUGAGACUUCUUCUUCAUUUUUUUCCAUGUUUUAAAAGCCAGAGAAGAAAUGAUGAGGCCCACUACCUUUUUUUAAAUUACACAAUUCCAAAUGUACUUGCACCUUUAAAAAUCACCGAUGAAGUGAGAGUGUGUGAACGUUAAGUUCACUUUAAUGGAGGAGGCGUCUGCAUUGCACAUUUGCCACAGAUUUAGUUGAAUUAUAUAAGAUAUAUAUUAUAUAUAACUUUUUUUGGCAGAAAAAGCACUAUUUUUAAUGGGACCAUUUGUGUGUGUGUGUGUGUGUGUGUGUGUGUGUGUGUGUGUAUGUAUGUAGUAACUGAAGAGGGAUUGUAAUGUUUAAAUGUUGUUAUGGUGCUAAUGUAAGUUGGAAAAGGGGAAAACGAACCCAGAAAAUUAGAAGAGGGUGGGGUGGGAAGGACAAGAUCUCGAAUACUGAACUUGAAAUUUUUUAGCUUUUCGUUUUAGGAAAGUGUGAUAAGUGUGUUCUUUUUUUUUCUCUUCUGAAAUAUAGCUUGGUCAUGACCAUAUGAGCUAAUUGCCUUUCACUCAUAUACACAAAACGCAUGCACAUGCAGAAACACAAUAAUACAUCUAUAUGCAUUUUAGAUCAAAAUAUUUUUUUCUUAAGUCCUUCACUCAUUCCCUGAUACCCAGAGCAUGCCUAGUGCAAAGGCAUAUGCAUGUGCUUUGUGAGUUACCUGAUUCUGUUCCAUGGAAGCAAUCAUUGUACAUAGAGUACUCAUUUUUGGCUUUUGCAGCCUCAGAGUCACCACCCUCCUACCGAGGUGUUUUAAAUCAAUUUUCUGGCCACCUCUGCCAUCUUCUCUCUGAUGCAAUGCCAUUUUUCUGGAAAGCGACUCUUUGCAUCUAUUGGGUUUGGCAAGAGCAUAGAUUUCUUGUUGCCCAAUCGAGCCUUAUUAGGAGAAAUGGCUCAAAACAAUUGACCAUCUCCUUAUCUUGCUUCUGCUUCUGCUUCCUCCUUCCCUGUCAAAAGGGGAAGGUGCAAUUCUUCUGAAGGCUCUCUUGCGCCAUCCCAUAAUGACAGCAAUAACAACCACUUAAAGCACCAAGUUUCCCCUAGAGUGAGGAAGAGGUUUUGGGGGGAGGGGGUUAGUACAAAAACUCCAGAGGAAAAGGAGGUAACCUAACAGAUUUGAAGGAAAGGUUGUUCCUCACUGCCUCAUAGGGCCUGAGGGACAGGAGAGAGUUGAUGCAUCAAGGACUGGAACUUUAAAAACCCAAUUAUCUGCUCAAAACUCAAGGCUUAAUUGGAGAGGUAUGGAGAAGGUGGUAUAAAAAAUAAUAAUCAAAUGUUCUAUAGCUCAAUCACUUGGCUCAUUUAGAACCAUAAGAGCAAUGCCACAUAGAGAUGAAUAGAGAAAGGGGAACAUCUUAUCAGUGCUGUACCUGCUUUGCCUUAUAUCUAUAUAUAUACAUUUAAAGAACAUAAAGAUUACUUGAAUUUUUUUUUAAGAAAGGGUAAGGUUGUUUUUUUUUAAAAAAAAAUGUUUUAAAUUGUUACCUUGCAAUCUUGAGCCAAGAAACAUUUGGGGAUUUUUUUUUUUUGUUUUCCAUGGCCCUGCAAACCACAAAAAUAUGCUCCUUAAUCAUUUACGAAGCAGCGGGGAAAUACACAGCUCAGAUAAAAUGUUUUGGGGUUGGGUGGGGUGGAGUGGGGAAAACAAAAGAGGCUUUUUUUUAAAAAAAAAGUUUCCAACACAGAAGCUUUCAUAGAAGCUCUUUACCAAAAGUCCCCCUUUUUUAAGGUGACAAGUAAAAUCGUCGCUCAAAGAUGAUGAAACUGCCUUUAUAGCUUUCUAUAUAUGCUUUGGUAGAGGGAACAGGGACGAUCAUUUUUUUUGAGAGUGAGGAAAGAGCAAAGGGAAUUUUAUAUAUAGUCUGGGCUGAGUUCUGCAAAGCAGUUAAGUACCUGCUUACAGCAUAUUAGUCCAAGUCAGUGGUAUGUCCACAAAGUGAAUACAUGCUCAAGUGCUUGUCAACUUGUGGGUGGGAGGCGAGGAGUCUCAGCAGACAAGACUGAGUGAAGGGGCCCAUGUAAAUGUUCCAUGAAGGAAAGUGUAUGUUUAUAAAUUGGCUUUGGAACACUUGCGUCUUGCAGGCUGGUUCACUGCCCCCCUCACAGUUGAUUUCUUCCCCCUUCACCUUGUGUAAUCAUUUACCUUAGUACCUGGUAAAGUUAAGCGUUUUUAUCAUACUUUGCCAAAACUUUUCAAAAAGCAAAGCAAAUGUAAAUUCAGGGCCCGAUCAGUCAACAUGUUAGGCCCAAAUUCCAGGAUAAUAAAUCACAGGAAGUUUAAAAUCUUGGUAUACUCUAGAGAGGCAUAUUUUUUGAAUGAGUGCCCACAUUGAUUUGUCUGAAUUAGAUCCAAGCCUAAACUGUGCACAGGAAGUAGAGCUGCGUAUUAUAUAGACAAGACUUUCCCCGAACAUGAUCAAAACUUAUAUAGCAUCUUGGCUGUUGGGCUUUCUUUUUCCAGGCUUGCAUGCACUCUCUUUAAUGCUUCACUCCUAUGUGUGCAUACUUUGGUUCCUUCCGAGUAAACAUACAUAGGCCUUGGUCUGCCUGCUUUAUACAAAAAUAGUGGCAAUGCAACCAAAGGAAAUGUGUUCGUGUACUGGGAUAAUUGAGUACACCCUAUGGAACACUCAGUUGGUUGUUCGAAUCACCCAGGUGCCUUGGGAACUACUAAACUUACAACACUGUUCAACAACCUGCUGACCUAAGAGACCUACAGAAUCUGUACUAAGGCAUGUAAUGUUUGAAUGAGUGGUUGAUGGGUAUUGAUGUCUUCAAGCCUUCUGUUGCAGUGAGCAAAAGUGUAACUGAUUUUGUGAGGUUGCUCUUCCACUACAAGCGUAAUCGUGGAAAUGGACCCCUGCUGAAGAGCAACCAAAUCAAGGAUGGCUAUUUUUGUCAUAGUAGAAGCCUGUCUGAGCACAACCCGCUAGGAGUUAGAUGUAAAAAUACCUUUAUCGGUGUAACACAACUGAUUCUUGGGGCAUUUGUCGUUUACAAACUAGUGUUUUGUUCUGGGGUGGUUUUUUUGGGGGGGGGGAGGGUUAAAAAUGGACACACAAACAUUGCUGAAACACAUACUAGUCUGUUUUCUUCCAACCUCUGGUGCAAAGCCACAACACUUGAGGGAGGGAGUCUGGUUCCCCCAACUGGUUCCACAGUCUUACUGGCCCAUAAAGAGCUUCAUCCAUUUCAUCCUGCCUGUUUGCAAAGGCUCAGACUUUUGGUGAUGGACCUAGCUGCCUCUGCACUAAAUGAAGGGAAGAAUUGUAUUUGUUGUUUUUUUUAAAAAAAGAAAAAAUGUUCUUGUUUUUUUGUCAUAUGUAUUAUUGUCUGCUCAAGUUUUAUAUGGCGGGGAGGGAGUGGGGAAGGGGGGGAUGGGUGUUGAUGUAUCUUGAAAUAUUUCACUUGUGUGCACUCAAUAUGCAAGAGUCAAACUGCCCGGAUUAUGCACCUAUUGUACUUUUCAUUCGUAAUACAGUAUCAAUAAAGCAAUCGGCUACAACGUU